AUGACGAAUUUAAACAAGCUCAAGGUGGUCGUCAUUGGCAGCGCCAAAGUGGGCAAAUCAGCCGUCACGGUGCGUUACCUCACGAAGCGUUACAUUGGCGAGUACAGUUCGGCGCGAGACUUCCUCUACCGGCACAGUGUCACCUACGAUAAUAUUACGACCGAGGUGGAGAUCAUGGACACUUCCCGAUGUGAUAAACGUGGCUGCUUGUACGAGCAUCUGCGCUGGGGUGAUGCGUUCGUGGUCGUCUACUCGAUCUGUGAUAAAGCGAGCUUCGAGGAGGCGGCCGACUAUCUGCAGCAGCUGACCAAGCUGAAGCUACCCUCGUAUUACACGCUGCUCUUGCUGGGAAAUAAAAGCGAUCUGGAUCAUGCGAGGGAAAUUUCAGUAAACGACGGCCAGGAGCUGUCGUUCCGUUACUCGUGUCAGUUCUACGAGGUUUCGGCCGCGGAAAACUUCGCAGGAGUAUCGCUGGCGUUCCACUCGCUGAUACGUGAGGCGCGCUCGACGCAGCUUUUCCGGGCGCUGCCCAUGCGGAGGAAACUUGGCGUGAACAGUGUCUCGAAAGCGCUCGGUAACAUCUUCGGCAAGAAUAGCAAAGGUGAACGAAAGAAACGUCCAUCGCUUAGUAUAUGA